AUAGAGUCAGACCAUUCGAACAGAUAACAUUGAGUGACAUAUUCUUAUAGAGUAUAUUUUUUUAUCUCUAUCUCUUAGUGUUUUACUUACACAAAUGAAGAAGAUAAGUAGACAAAUUAAGCAAUCUACAAAUUAAUCUUGGAAAAUAUAGAGCGAGAAUAGAUAACUACGUGAACAUCAAGCAUUUGGAGGAGAAACAGAUCGUUGUGAAACCGGCAAUAAAAUGGGACGAAAGUUGUACACAGUCUCAAGCGGCAUGAUAAAUCCUGCCUUCGUCACUGACGAGACGGUGAAUCGGAAUAACAUCGAUAAGGGAUCUAAUGAUGAAACUAACAUGCCAGAACGACAGCAAUGGGGAAACGAUCGAGAAUUCCUGUUGACCUGCAUCGCUAUGUCGAUUGGCCUUGGUAAUGUCUGGCGAUUUCCCUUCACGGCUUACGAGAACGGUGGAGGUGCUUUCCUGAUACCGUACAUCAUCGUUCUACUCAUCGUAGGAAAGCCCCUUUACUUGCUGGAGAUGAUCCUAGGUCAGUUUUCCAACCGCUCGGCCGUGAAAGUUUGGGACAUUGCACCGGCGUUCAGAGGCAUCGGCAUCGCACAAUUCAUAAUACUGCUGGUACUGGGAUCCUAUUAUUGCUCGCUAACGGCGUUAGCGUUGUUCUACCUUGUCGUGAGUUUCCAGACAGAAUUACCAUGGAACCGGUGUCGACCGGAAUGGGGCAACUUCUGCGUAGACGCAUUGCCCGGAAACAGCAGUGUCAAGAUCGAGAAGAACGUCACCUACGUCAGCUCCGCCGAGCUAUACUUCUACAAGGAAGUACUGCGAGAGAAGAAUAAUAUCGACGACGGCAUCGGCGCACCAGAUUGGCGUCUGUCGAUCGCGCUCUUCGUCAGCUGGCUGAUCAUCUUCCUCGUGAUAAUACGAGGUGUACGGAGCACCGGCAAGGCAUCCUACUUCCUGGCGAUAUUUCCCUACGUGGUCCUCAUCGUGCUUUUCAUACAUACGGUCAGACUGGACGGUUCCGUUGCCGGUAUCCUGUACUUCAUCACGCCGACGUGGGAAAAACUGCUGACGCCGACGAUCUGGUACCACGCUGUCGCACAAUGCUUCUUCUCCUUGACCGUCUGCUUCGGCGGCAUCGUCAUGUUCGCUUCCCACAACAGGUUCCAUCAUAAUGUGUAUCGAGACGCGAUGAUCGUGACGACGCUGGAUACCUUCACCAGCCUGUUGGCGGGCUGCACGAUCUUCGCCAUCCUGGGCAAUCUCAGCUACGAAUUGGGCGCCGAGAGUGUCGGAUCGGUGGUCCGGGGCGGCAUCGGCUUGGCGUUUAUCUCUUACCCGGAGACGAUCGCCAGGUUCAUCAUCGUGCCGCAAUUUUUCGCCAUCGUGUUUUUUGCGAUGUUGCUUGUCCUGGGGAUCGGCAGCGGGGUCGGUAUCGUUUCUGCUAUAAUCGUUAUCGUGCACGAUUGCUUGCCGAAGGUUAAAUACUGGCAUGUGGCAGCCAGCACCUGUUUCUGCGAAUUCUUGAUCGGUCUCAUAUAUGUCACGCCGGGCGGUCAAUUUAUGAUAACCUUCGUCGAUUAUUACGUGACCUCAUUCAUCGCUUUCCUACCGGCCACUUUCGAGGUGAUUGCCAUCGCUUGGUCGUACGGAUUGAGUAACUUUUUAAUCGAUAUCGAAUUCAUGCUGGGGAGACGGCUGUCGAUAUUUUGGAGACUCUGCUGGGGCAUCGUUACUCCUGCGAUUAUUUUUAUAAUCUUCUUGUAUUCAUUAAUCAAUCUCGAACCGUUAAAAUACAACAAUAUUUUCUACCCAAAUGCAGCGUAUGUCAUAGGUUGGAUCCUCUUUUCCAUUGCUGUUGUGCAAAUACCUUUGUGGAUGGCUGUAGCAAUAUUUAAGAAGAGACAUCUUUCCUUUCGAGAAGCAAAUGAUAAAGCAAGCCUUUCAGCCAUUAAAAUCCUGGGGUCCGAGCAAAGCAGAAGAUCGUAAAAAAUGGUUGGCAUUCCAUAACGACCGCAAAGUCACCGGAAGAGAGAAACAAAUAAGAAUGUAGAUUGCAGCAGCUCACUCCAAGGUCUGUUCUAUGCAACAUUUAAGAAACGAUGACGCAAAUGUUUCAAUUGGCAAAUCGACACGAAGUGACAUGUAGUAGAUUUUGCAAGCGUCAUUGAGUUUACAAUCACUGAAAUUUAAUAUCGCGUUUUGAUAUAUCAUUAUGAUGUUGUGAUGUUACGUAUGUUGAUAGCACUCAGCGUGUAUGUCAUGUUUCGCGUAAAUUACAAAUCCAGUCGUCCUUGCUGCUCAACCGAGCGCGCUUGCUUUCGCCGCUUCUAAGUUUCAUAGAAAAUAGCACGUGUGUAACUGCGUCAUUUAAUAAUUAUUGUAAGCUGUAAAUCACACAUUGUGAUAAUAGAAUAUUGAAAAAAACUGUCAUUUGUCAAACGUAAAAAUAGAAUUGAGAAAUUAAAAAUUG